AUGGACACAUCAAUUAUAAGCAAUGAACCCGAAGACCCAAUCGGCGCGCAACUAGAUGAAGAAAUCGCAUCCCUCCAAUCGCAAAUAAACUCACUCAAAUCAAAUCUCAAACUCCAAACAUCAACAAUUCUCUCCUCUCAAGCCACAAGAAACACCCUCCGCCGUCUCCAAAAACCAACCCAGGAACCACGUCCCCAAAGCGCAAUCCCCUCCACAAUCCCAACCGACACCUCCCCCCUAAACUCAACCACCACCGCCCAAACCCUCCACAACACAACCAACCUCUACCGCGCCUGCAACUCCCUCACCACCUUCCGAAUCCACGACCCCGACCCGCACGCCGUAGACAACGGUUCCAUCCUCGCCCUCCGCCUCGACAUCUCCACAUCUAGCAAAUUCAUCGCCCCGUACUACAUCGUGCUGAACAAACCCUUCCCAUCCUCUCCCCUUCUACGAGUUCACCGCCACACCCUCCCGCCUUACAUUCCGCUGGCGCAUCUCGCGGAGCGGUAUCUUCCGCAUGGCAAAGGUGCUGUUGCGAUGGGGAGUAGAGCGCCUGGACAGAAAAGGCAGGAUUUGAAUAAAUUCGCGAGGGCGUUGAGGAGGGAGGUGGUGGCGUAUCACAAUCGCGUGGCGGUUAUUAAGGGGUUGAGGAGGGAGUUUAGGUUGGAUAAAAAGGGGAGGGGCAAGGGGAAGGAGAGGGAGAGGGUGAUUGAGGAUGUUAGUGCGGCGGAUGCGGAGGCUAGACAGGUGAGGAUUGAGUGGGUGGAUGGACGGAUUGGACGGGCGGUGGUGGGUGAUGGGGGAGAGGUGAUCAAGUGUGUUGUUAUGGGGGAGGGGGGACGGGAUUGGGAGAGUGAGAGGGCGAUUAUGGGGGGACGGAUGGAGGGGGUGGGUGAGAGGUUGAGGGAGGGGAUUUAUUGA